AACACAGGAAUAUGUGGGGGACGCACAUUAAGUGUUGGAGCUAGAUAUUCGUAGGAAAAUAAGGAUAUAAACAAGAUUUGAAUAAGGUUAAAAUACAAUACACAGCCUUGUUUACUACACUGGAGAACAUCAUGUAGGAUUUACUCUCCACAGUAUUUAUUCAUUUGGCUGUACAUGAAGGACUAUCUUAUGUAAAAACCAUCAUAUGUUUAUUAGUAAAGUAGAAUAAAUAAAAUUUGAUCUAGAAUAAGAAGGCUAUCCCUUUGUACCAGCUCUUUUCCGACAAAUCCCGCCCUCUGAAUUUAUUGUGUGCGGAAGAGUCUCGCGAGAUUUCGGGCGAGACCUCCCUGUUUUCAACAUGGCAGGCAGUAAGUUGGUACUGGAAGGGAGGAUAAGUAUUACAAGCUUUCUUUUAGGUCUCGGCGUGACAAUAAUACCCCUGUUUGUAAAGUUUGGCUCGCAUGUUGACUGGAUAUUCGAUUACCUCACCGGUGUAAACGGGAAAAUAGCCAUUGCGCUUUAUAUUACAGUUAUCAACGGCUUCCUGCUAAUCCUUUACAAGGGACCUCUAUACAAGGUCGCUGUGCGAGCUUGCUUUCUAGGAUUUGUUUUUGGAUGUGGCUUGAUCAUAAGUGUUGCAGACUCGACAUGGACACACUUUGGCUGGUACAUGUGUUCACUAACAUUCUUCCACUACUCUGAAUACCUGGUCACAGCCAUCAUCAACCCUCGCAGUCUGUCUCUAGACUCCUUCCUGCUCAACCACAGUUUUGAAUACACUGUAGCAGCAUUCGCUUCCUGGAUGGAGUUCAUUGUGGAAAAACUGCUUGUUCCAGAGCUGAAGCAGCUGAACUGGAUCUGUGUUGUGGGAUUAAUAAUGGUGUUAUGUGGAGACUGUCUGCGCAAGUCUGCCAUGCUGACAGCGGGAUCCAACUUCAACCACAUAGUGCAGAAUGAGAAGGCUCACAGCCACGUGCUGGUCACCAACGGUGUCUAUUCAUUCUUCAGACACCCCUCAUAUGUGGGCUGGUUCUACUGGAGCAUCGGUACACAGAUAUUGCUGUGCAACCCGUUAUGCCUCUUGGCCUAUACACUGGCUAGCUGGCGGUUCUUCAAGGAGCGUGUCGAGGAAGAGGAGAUCUCUCUCAUCCAUUUCUUUGGAGAGGACUACAUAGAGUAUAAAAAGAAAGUGCCCUCUGGUUUGCCCUUUAUCGCAGGCAUCAGGGUAAACUCAUAAGACUGGUACACAUGGAUACACGCAGAAACGUCUAGUGCACUCCUGGACACUUCCUGGACUGGCGCUGUGAGUGAACUGGUCACCUGGUGACCUUGUGGCUCACUUUAACGCCAAGAGAAAUGAGGGCACACGGUAUAGAGAGACUGGCCUGUUGAUCUGCUCUUAGACACAACGGUUCACUCCGAGCAGGGUGGAGCCUCUACCUCGACGCAAUUUGGACCGAAAACACACACGGCUAUAAAGUCUCUCAGCGCUCUCCUGCGUUAUCAAUUUUCACCUUGUCUUUUCUCUCAUACAUCAUAUAAUACUUUUACAUCCACAUAUUCAUGUUGACCUGUUUUGCAUCUCUAGUUCAUGAUCUAGACCUGUUUAACACAUCUGUCCAUUUCAUGUGUCAUUUCUUGUCAGUUUCUUAGUAGUUUCUUAUAAGCCUUUGUGGGUUUUUUUUCUUCUUCUUUUUUUAAAGAAGGGUUUUAUGGUUUAGAAUGUAAAGGUAAUGAAACUGCAUUGAGGUUGUACAGUAUAUUAGCUAGGAAAAGUAUACUGCAACUCAGUAUACAUUCAACCUGAAUUAUACCAAAUAUACCAGAUACUUAUACAAGAUUUUAUUUAUUUUACAGGAAAGCUUGAGCAUUCUCCUAGUAAAUAAAUUAGUAUUUUACA